AGUCAAACUGGAGGAAGGAGAGCGAACUCAGGGAGGCGGGGCUCGGUGCCACGGGGCAGCCGAGACGGCCCGAGGUCCCUCAACCCCCGUCCAGCUCCAGAUCCGGGAUCCCAGGGCCCGCUACCGCCCCCCGAACUCUCUGGGCCAGAUGGGGGAUCUUCGCCCAGAUCCAGCCUCCGAGCCCGAAUCGGUGUUCCCGCGGGAGGUCGGGCUCUUCGCUGACUCUUACUCGGAGAAGAGCCGGUUCCGUUUCUGUGGGCACGUACUGAGCAUCACGCAGAACUUCGGGUCCCGCCUUGGGGUGGCAGCGCGCGUGUGGGAUGCGGCUCUGACCCUGUGCAACUAUUUCGAAAAUCAAAAUGUGGAUUUCCGAGACAAGAAGGUGAUCGAACUAGGCGCGGGGACCGGCAUCGUGGGGAUCUUGGCGGCGCUGCAGGGGGGGGAUGUUACCAUCACUGACCUGCCCCUGGCCCUAGAACAGAUCCAGGGCAACGUCCAGGCCAAUGUGCCAGCUGGAGGCCGGGCCCGGGUCUGUGCCUUGUCCUGGGGGAUCGAUCAACAUGUCUUCCCUGGCGACUAUGACUUGGUGCUGGGGGCUGAUAUCGUGUAUCUGCAGCCCACCUUUCCACUGCUGCUGGGGACCCUCCAACACCUGUGUGGGCCCCAAGGUACCAUCUAUCUGGCCUCCAAGAUGAGAGAGGAGCAUGGGACAGAGAGCUUCUUUCAGCACCUCCUGCCCCAGCAUUUCCAGCUGGAGCUGGCCCAGCGGGAUGAGGAUGAAAAUGUCAACAUCUAUAGGGCCAAGCACAGGGAACCAAGACCUGCUUGAUGUCACCCUUCUUCUCCAAACUCCUUGUCUAAAUGAAGAAAUGGCCGUAUCUUCAAAGCCAGGAACAUGAGGACCAAAAAGGAUGGAUUUCCCUUACUUUUCUCUUUUCUCCUUCCCUCUUAGUUCUCCCAGAUACUUUUGGGUUGAUGCAGGGAGGUGCCUGCUUGCUAGGAAUCCUUGAGCCCCAGCAGCACUGGGUUAGAGCAGAAAGGAAGUUCCCGGCUCUUGUUCUCAGCAAAGGAUGAUGGGAGGAUAGCCAGGGUUUUCAGUAGGGAAAGGGAAGGUAAGUGGGAUGCAAGAGCAGUGACCGCAGAGAGACUGUCGUUGAUCACUUCCAGUCCUGUUGUCUUUUUAUACAGAAUAGAUUUUUUUUUUGCCAGAUUCUACUGGAAUAUUUUUUAUCUUCACCCAAGGGCAUUUUGUUGUUGUUGUUGUUGUUGAUUUUAGAGAGAGGGGAAGGGAGAGAGAGAAAUAUAGGUGUGAGAGAAACAUUGAUUCGCCGCCUCCUGCACACUCCUGGACCAGGUAUCAUAUGUCCCUGGACUGGGGAUGGAACCCACAACCUAUGUAUGUGCCCUGACCGAGAAUUGAAGGAAGACGCUCCAGCCAACUGGGCCACACCAGCCAGGGCUCUACUGGAAUAUUUUUUAAAGGGAAAGAAACAUGAGCAUUAAAGAUCUCUUCUGCAUCCAAAGAACGCAGGCUUUUGUUCGGGUGUUGAGAAGUAAGAAGUCCCAGACCACUCACUUCUUGCUUCUAGAGACACUCUGGUGGGAUUGUGGCUCUGACUGGGUCAAGUCCUCCCAGGCCUGGAGCUGGGGAUAGGCAGCAGAGCUAUCCUUUGGCCUAUAGUUUCUUCAUCCUUUUUGGAGUUGGGGCCUUGAUCACUAAGUACUAGGUUGUUCGUCUGAUUUUUAUCUAGGUUUCCAAGUCUUGUCAGCCCUUCCUUCCCAAUGUGUUUUGCCUUCACCUCUUUUCUCUUCCCACUGUAGUAACUCUGGUUGGGGCUAUCCUUACUCCUUGGGCCACAUAUCACUUCCUCUGGCCUCCAGGCCUCUAACUCUUGUGAUUUUCUAAAAUCAGCCCUGAUUACCUUCUGCUAUUGCCUACAGAAGCAAGAAUAAGCUCCUCUGCUUGGUACUCAGUCUAUCCUGUGUAAUCCCAAAUUACCCUUGAUUUCAUUUCCUGCUGAUUUUUAAAAUGUAUUGCAACCUUGGGCCAAAUUAUAAAAGGUCUAUUCUUUGUUCCCUAAAUGUACACCAAGAUUCCCUGACUUCUUUCUUCAUUCUAUUUGAUGAUUCCCUUUCUGAAAGGUCUAUUUGUGUUUGUCAGAAUCUUCAUUACUCUUAGUCUUUAUUCUGAAAAAAAGCUUUUUCUGACCCUUAUGUUUGGAUGUGAUUUCUUUCUCCUUUAACACCCUUUAAAUGUUCAUCUUAUGAGACUUACCUUAUCUUGUGUAGUCAGAUGUCUGCUCCCUAUUUUCUCACCAUUAGAUUACUUUGGAGCGUAGGGCUGUGGUUUACUUAUUUCUAAUUCCCUGAAGCUUUGGCACAGUUUCUGGCACACCGUAGUGUUCAACAAAUAGUUUGCUCAUUUAAACAAAUAUUUAUUGGGUUUGUUGACGGGACCGAGCCCCCACCUCCCUAGGCAACCCUUGGCAAAUUUCUGGAUCCAUCCACCUACCUCACAAUUUUGUCUUGAGUCAAAAAUGGUUAAUGAAUAUGAAAGAACAUUGGAAAUAAAGAAACGAAGUGUUACCGCAGGUCUCGUAUUGUUAUUUUGUGACGACUUUGCCUCCUGGUUUCCUAUUUCACCCGGGAACAAUUCUGCCUCCCAGCUCAAUAAAGCCAAGCGAGGGAGGAGAGUGUGCUCCCUCCGGCCGGCAGGUGGCGAUAUCCCGGUUGGCACAUUCCGGUGGAGAAGUUUGGCCCCGCCGCCCUGCCGUAGGCCGGGCCUCAGUAGCCUGCCGGCCCCGCGGCAGUUUACGGCGGCUGGGGAGAUGUUGCUGUUACGGUCAAUGCGCUUCCACCUCUUCGCGCGGACGGGGAGCUCCCCGGUGAAGGGUCUCGGUCCCUGCACCGACGUGCUUUCCUUGCAGGCAGGGCCCCUUCCGCUGCAGUCGCCCCAGCUAUGGCACACAUUUCACGCAGGGCCCUGGCUGUCUUCCUCGGCCUCCAGCAAGGAGCUCCUCAUGAAGCUGCGGCGAAAAACGGGCUAUUCCUUUGUAAACUGCAAGAAGGCUCUGGACACUUGUGGCGGGGAUCUCAAACAGGCAGAGAGCUGGCUCCAUGAACAGGCCCAGAAGGAGGGCUGGAGCAAAGCUGCCAAGCUUCAUGGCAGGAAGACUAAAGAAGGCCUGAUUGGGCUGCUGCAGGAAGAAAACACAACUGUGUUAGUAGAGGUAAAUUGUGAGACAGAUUUUGUUUCAAGAAACCUCAAAUUUCAACAGUUGGUCCAGCAAGUAGCCCUGGGAACCAUGUUGCAUUGUCAGAGCCUGAAGGAUCAGCUGUCCACAUACAGUAAGGGCUUCUUGAACUCCUCUGAGCUCUCCGAACUCCCCGCGGGGCCCGAGAGAGAAGGCUCUCUCAAGGAUCAGCUGGCCUUAGCAAUUGGGAAACUGGGAGAAAACAUGAUUCUUAAGCGCGCUGCAUGGGUGAAGGUGCCCACUGGCUUCUAUGUUGGCUCUUACGUCCAUGGAGCAACGCACAGUCCCUCACUCCACAACCUUGUGCUGGGGAAGUACGGGGCCCUGGUCGUCUGCGAGACGUCUGAGUGCAAGGUGAACCUGGAAGACCUGGGCCGCCGCCUCGGCCAGCACGUGGUAGGCAUGGCCCCUCUGUCUGUCGGCUCCCUGGACGACGAGCCUGGGGGAGAGGCAGAAACCAAGAUGCUGUCCCAGCCGUACUUGCUGGAUCCCUCUAUCACGCUGGGACAGUAUGUGCAGCCCCAGGGGGUGUCUGUGGUAGACUUCGUGCGGUUCGAAUGUGGAGAAGGGGAAGAAGCAGCAGAGGCUGAAUAGGUUCCAGAGACUUGAGGUCCAGGAAGAAAUGUUUCUUCUUAGUUCUGAACAUUA